GGUUUCAUCUUCUCUGAAUUAUACCCUUCAUUGAAGACGCGAUUGCAACGAUGAAACUGAAGAUAUCUGGAUGGCAUCGGUGACAAUGGAACAGCACGACAGACGAAGCGACGGGAAGCUGGGAAAAGCUGAGAUCCGAUGACGAUGGCACGGCGGAGAGCAAUUUCCCGAUGAAGGCAAACAAGCGCGUAGGUCUUGAUUAAACGUAUCUCCUGCCGGCCAAAGAAAACAGAAGGACGGCGCAAGAUCGUCGAUUGAUACUCCGGACGCGAAUAAAGGCAUCGACUUUUGCCAUGGAAGGAUUAUUUCUCGCGAGGUCGAGGACGACACCACAGUGUUUUACUGUUUUGCAAAGUACAACUUCGAGGGAGCUUGCAAAGCAUGCUUCUUCUUCGCCUUACCCUGUGCGUCAUUCUUCACGUCGGCGAUGUUUUUUCGACAACGGAGAACGCAUUUAAUCAUGGGGCAAGGAUCUGGCUGGACCGGGUGGAUGACUCGCUCGAGUUCCUGAAUCGUGCGACCGCUAGUCUCGAGUGGCAAACCCUCAGGAACGCUUCGGUCGUGCCGCCCGACGUGUACGCGUCUGUCUUUCAACUGAGAUUGAUGUGGAGGGAUCGUUGGUGCGGAGAGUUGAUGGAUUUUCAAGAUAAUGGAAUAUUCGUAGGCAGACAGUUGCUGAGCUUCUUGUGCCACGGGGUGAAGUACAACGAUAAGAUAACGAGAAAAAUUACCGUCAUCAAGGAGAUACUGUCUUCCACGUACGACUCUGCGCACAUUUGCGAGGAUCACCGACGGAGAUGUUACCGCGGCGAGUCGGACAUGGCGAAGUUGAUGGCGACUUCGAGAAACGAGAGCAAAUUGCGUUGGGCUUGGUCGGCAUGGAGAAAUCGUAUGAGCGGGAUGAGGUGGCCCUUCGCACAGUUGAUUGCUCUUGAAAAUAUGGCAGCACGGAGCAACGGCUACGCGGAUAUCGGAGCAUAUUGGAGGGAAGAGUUCGAAAUCCCGAACUUGGAGAGCGUCUUCGAGGAGAUGUAUCGACGAGUCGAGCCGCUGUAUCGCCUUCUUCACGCUGUCGUGAGGUUUCGGCUCGCGAAAUUGUAUCCCGACGUCGUCGACAUAUCCCAGCCGAUUCCGGCUCAUUUGUUAGGUAACUUGUGGUCGCAGAGUUGGGAAGCGUUGAUCGACGUGGUGUUUCCGAAUUACAUCGCAAUCAUUCCGGAUCUGACGGACUCGAUGAGGCGAGGCAAUUACAGCGUGACGAAGAUGGUAAGACAAGUGGAAGACUUCUACGUCUCUCUUGGAUUCCCGCCCUUGACGCCGGAGUUCUGGAAGAACUCCGUCUUCGAGCGAGAAGCUGGUGAGACCUCCAGCUGCCAUGCGACUGCUAUUAACAUGUUCAAGAGGAACGACUUCAGGAUCUUCGCGUGUCUAGAGACGAAUUCGCAGGACUUCAACGUUGUUCAUCACGAGUUGGGUCACAUACAAUACUACAUGGCGUAUCAGAACCAACCGUCGUUCUUCAAGAACGGCAUCAACGCUGCUUUCCACGAGUCGAUCGGCGACGCGAUCUCGCACGGCGCGACUUCUCCCCGGCAUAUGCGGCGUCUAGGACUGCUACGCGACGCGUCAAGUGACUCGUUAAAGACGGCAGUCCUCGUAAAGCAAGCUCUACUGAAGAUACCGCAGCUGUCGAGCGGGCUGGUAAUUGAGAAGUGGAGGUGGUCGGUGUUUUCCGGCAGGACGAAGCCGUCGAGGUACAACGAAGCGUGGUGGCACCUGCAUCGUCGCUACAUGGGCGUCGCGCCGCCAUCGCCGAGAUCCGAGGAAUUCUUUGAUGCCGCGGCGAAGUAUCACGUCUCCCACGGUGUACCCUAUGCCAGGUAUUACCUGGCAAGUUUCCUGCAAGUGCAACUAUUCCAAGGGAUGUGCGAGGCGUCUGCGGGUCUGAGAGUUGGCUCUGCGACGUUCAAUGCGAGCCUCCACAAGUGCGACAUUUAUGGAUCAAAGGAUGCGGGCAGGAUCUUGAGGUCUGAAGCAAUCGCCGUCUAGUUUAACCGUCUAGUUUUGUAAAAAAUGAUAGCUUUAAUCCCU